CUAAUCGACAUCUGGGUCUUUGCUUUCACGCUUUCGUUUUUUGGAAGUUUGUGCCCAUUCUUCUCGCAGCUUAUUCUCUUGUUUUAUCAAGCGCGAAAUUGUAGUCUUUGUCAAUCCGGUUAUUUCCACCAACCGGCGCUGACUCGUGUUUUGUCGUUGUUGCUUGAUCUUAUCCAGGAAACCAAUUUUUUCAGUUAAUAUUAACUCCCGUCGUGGCAUUCUGGCAGGGGACACAAGACACGCGCACAGUUCACUGUGGUCUGAAGAAACCUUGGUGUUUCGGGUUUAAGAUGUUGAGGUCAAGAGGGAGAUAAAAUGCUCGCCAUUCAAAGCUUUGGCACUAAAUCAUCCCAGAUAGGUGAUGGAAUGAUAACUUUCUGGUGUAAACUUUAAUCAUGAUAGACAGGCGGGAAUUCCUUUCAGGUAUAGCCGGAGACUCGAUUGUUCAUUUCCUCGAAAUUCGGAGGCGCAGGUCAGAGAAAGUAGUGCGCGUGUUCACCUCCCACCGGUUUUGCUUUUGUCAUGCACUUUAAGGAAUUCCUGACCUUUGAUAAAGCAUUUUCCUGGGCAGCCGCAACUACAGAUCCUCCCAUAUGUUGCAGACCACCUGUACAUCCGCUGUACGCGGCUGACUUGUGGCUUCUGUUUCUUAUUCGCUCUCACGUUUUGGUCCGAUUAAACGGAAUGUUGAUCCAAAUAACCGAAUACUAUUAGGCUUAUGUACAUAGGUUUUGUUUCGGUUCUUUAGGAUUUGGUUUGAAAAAGCGGCUGGUCCGACUAUCUGGUAGCCCAGUUAACCGGAUUCGACUGUAUCUUAUCGGAGAACAACACAUUAGCAGGGAAACGGUGAUCUAUAGCAUACUUUUCAAGAUACCAUUACGCAAAAGCAAUAUGAGAUGCGUAAUCGCCUGGUUAAAGUGUCUGAAUACGAGUACGCUGCACGCUAUACGGAUGCAUGACAAUCCUCCGGGUGCUAGAACAAGAAACGCUGGCUGCGUGCGCUAUAAUUCGUGUACUGAAUUUUAAGCACAUUCCAGAGUUGCCGAGACUUCCAAUUUCCAACCAUACUCCCGGCAUCCCGAUUUGCAACUAAUUUCCUCUUACUUUUUUUUUAUUAUUAUUCUCUUUAUUAAGCUUUUUUUUCCUUCUGUAGAUACAUAUAAAAGAAAACUCAAGUCGUUUCAACAGCGAGAUAUGGCAGGUUUCUGCUUUGUGUGCACAAGUCGGAAAACGUCAUGUUGCACUUCUGCAAUGAGAAUCAAGCGGUGCGAGUCAUCAGGCAUAUAUUAGCCAGUGGAGAGAAAGCAAGAUCGAAGUUUUAUUUCGUACGUCUCGUCAGCGUUGGCAAGUAUGUUUUUCUUCGAUGUCCGGAGUUGGUGCUGAUCGUACCCGAUUCAUGGCAGCUCUUUCAAAGGAACCUGUUUCAGCUAACCUCCGGUACGGCCUUGCAAAGUAAUGGCUGAGUGUACGCCUCACUUGGUAUCGUUCCGUGUAGCUGGCUGUCUACAAUCUGUCGUCCCUAUACAUAUCACAGUAUGAAGUCCGAAAUCCGGAAUGAUCUAAUUUCCGGACCAGUUUUUCUUUCUUUUCUUUUUGUUGUUGUUGUACAAGUGUAGGAAAUGGGACUAUAACAGUAGAGAUACAGAGUUUUGGAAAGGGAAAGUGGAUAGUAAAGGACUUGCCCGGUGUUCCCAAUGCUCUCGAUUCAAGAUCGUUUGCGUGCUGCUUUUUCCUAAUUGGCGGAACGUUCUGCGGUUGCUGUUUCUCCAAGCGUCAUUGGAUGUCUGCUCCAAUGCUGACUGCCACUUUUCAUUGAGAAGAUCGCCGUUGUGUUUGUUUACUGCUUCAACAUUUCCGGUACUGCUGCUUGUGAUAUCUUUGGAUUUUAUUGUAAGCGAAACGUGCAGUUAAAAAUAUGCUAAAAACAAUACAGGAAAACAGAACAAAUGAUCUUCACACAAUGGUAAUCUCUAUUGAUAUCAAAGGAGCAUUUGAUGCACUAUGGUGGCCGGAUAUCUUCAACUGUCUAUUGAAAAUGCAGGCUCCAAUAGAAAUCAUUCAAAUUUUGCGAAGUUACCUAGACAACAGACAUAUACAAGUCACACUAGACGACGGCAUCGCAAGGCACAAUCUGGAAAAGGGUUGCCCGCAAGGCUCGUGCCUGGGGCCAACCCUUUGGAAUAUCGUAGCGGACACAGCCCUCUCCCUUUAUAACCAACAGGAUGAGAUAAGGAUACAGGCCUUUGCAGAUGAUUUUCUGAUACUAGUAGCAGGUAGGAGUGACGUCCAAAAGCGUACCGAAGAAGCACUAACCACUUUCUACAACUGGGCAACAGCACAUAAACUCCAAAUAUCAACCUCUAAAACGAAAGUAAUGUUAAUCGGAAGAAAAGGUCCACUAAGAAGACAACCAACGGUACGACUAAACGGACACACACUACAAUCAGUUAAUAACCUAAACUAUCUUGGCUUUAUUUUCAAUAAAAGACUCUCCUGGCUCCCGCAUCUAAAGAAUAUCAAAACAAAAAUUUCACAGCUAACAAAUUCAAUGCUCAGAACUACAGGAAUUAAUUGGGGAACAAAACCGGAAAUCCUCUCAAGAUGGUACCGGACAAUAUCCGAAAGGAUUGUUCUUUAUGGAGUAGGAGUCUGGGGAGACAAUAUGACAAAACAAAUGAGGAACCUGCUGAACAGCAUACAGAGGCUCCAACUUCUACUUAUAUGCAAAGCCUAUAGAACAACAUCAACUAUGGCACUGCAGGUUCUCUCUGGCAUUCCUCCACUGGAUUUGCAAGCGGAGAGAGAGGCAGCAAUAACUAAAAUCUCUCGGUUACAAGCUGAUGUUACCCUAUGGAACAGAAGCUACAAAUUUACAGAUUACGAACAGAAAAACCUUUCCCUGAUCCACCCAUCUAAACUAAAUCUGGAAGAUACAGUCCGAAUACAUUACACAGCUCCAGGACACGACAUGACCACAAUCUUCACAGAUGGAUCAAAGACAGAACUUGGAACAGGCAGUGCCUUAUGCCUCCUAAAAGAUGACACCAUUCAAUUUCAGUGGCAACAACGCCUUAGCCAUCACAACUCUGUAUAUCAAGCUGAACUCUUGGCAAUCGACACAGCAGUCGAAGUGGCCAGGAGCUACGCUCCGGAUAGAGUACAUAUUUAUAGUGACUCGGCUUCAAGCCUUGAGGCCAUAAUAGGCAUUCAUAGCACCAGCCCGUUGGUACAUGGCAUCCGUCUAAAACUACUUAGCUUCCCAACAUCAUAUAGACCACAGUUAAACUGGGUCCCAGCACAUGUGGGAAUUAUAGGAAAUGAGCUAGCUGAUGCCUUAGCAAAGGAAAUUGCUAAUAAUAGUCAAGCUCCUGAGUUAUCGCACAGUCGCCCCAUUUCGGAUCUCAAAAGAGAAACAUUUGCAGUUCUCAUGAACAUAUGGCAGAGCAGAUGGUCCACAGCUCAAGUGGGUAGAUACACAUAUACUUAUUUACCCAAAGUGAAUACGACUCUACACAGCCGACACAGUGCCCUAACUCACUUUCUCACAGGUCACGGCCCUUUUCCCACUUAUCUCAAGAGAUUUGGCCUGGCCUCACAAGAUCAAUGUGCUUGCGGCAGCAGGGGAGAUGUGGAGCACUUCGUGUUUGACUGCCAAUACACCAGCAACUGGCACCUAAGACGUCCACCAGCAGUACAUAAAGAAUACUGGGCAAAUCACACACUCCACAAAGGCCCGGUGCUCAAAAAUCUAAUUAAAAUAAUAUCUUACUGUGCAGAAACGUACAUGUAACAAAAUGAUAGUUAAAGGACCACCCAGUACAAGGUCUGGGAAAAGUAGGGUGAUAACUCGUGUAUUAGGGAAUUUCCGUUUUACAGUGAAGUAAUAUUAGUAAGAACAUUGCAGUAAGAACUGUAAACUAGAACUGUGAACUGUGAACUUAACAUCUAUGUAGAGCUGUGUACUAAUAAUCAAGUUAAUAACAAACCUAAGUGGUGCACCUCAACAAAAUGUAUAUAUAAAUAUCUUCCAAUGUUUAUAUAAAUAUUUCAAUGCAUAUAAUCAUCCUCCAAUAUAUAGAUAAAUAUCUCACAAUGUAUAUUAAAUGUUUCAAUGUAUCUAAAUAUCAAUUACCUUACAUUAGUCUCUAUGA